CAGAAUAGCAUGGCUGCAUCAGUAGAGAUGUCAAUAAAGGAGUGGAACAAUCAAGAGAUGAGUCACCAGUUGAUAUGCAACCACCUACCUCAAGAGCAGAAUUCAGCCAAGUUUGAGCUUAAGGCUGGCUUCAUAAGGCAAUUGCCCAUAUUCCAUGGAUGGAAGCAUGAAGAUCCCCACAAGCACAUAAAGGAUUUCAGCUGGGUGUGUUCCUCCUUGAAACCUGCCAUAAUUCCAGAGGAGGCAGUUUUGAAGAGAGCAUUUCCAAUGUCCCUGCAAGGUGCAGCAAGAGAAUGGUACAUCUACAAGCACCAGCCUUUUGGGAAUUGGCAGGAUAUGCAGCAAAGGUUUUUGAACAAGUAUUUUCCAACAACCAAAGUGGCCAGCAUUAGGAGAGAGAUCACUGCCAUUAAGCAGUUUCAAGAAGAAAGCCUGGCAGAUUAUUGGUAGAGGUUUAAUAGGCUCUGCAUGGCCUGUCCAAACCACCAAAUUUCAGAGGCAUUGCUCCUGGUCCACGUCUAUGAAGGACUCCUGUACAAUGAAAGGUGUUUAGUAGAUGCAGCUGCAAGAGGAUCUUUGAUGGACAAGACCCCAACAGAGGCAAGGAAGCUGCUGUGUAAGCUAGCUGGUAGUGAUCUUGAUGAGGUAUCUGGUCAACAAAGAACUCAGCCUUGAUGAUGCAGCUGAUGACUUCGAGAUUGGUAAGAUAACCUUCAAUGAGCCAAAACAGGUUUAUUCUGAACUUGAGACUCCAGUCAUUUUACCUGAUUUGCCAAUGCAUUUGAAUGCCUUUGAUUUGCUGCAUAUUGAUUCUAUAGAGUCUAUGAAUGAAAUUGAUACAGUUUUAAAUGAUCAUACUAAAAUUCUUAAUUCAGUUUCAACUAUUGAACAUAUUGGAAUAAAUGUUGUUUUAAACUCGAAUGUACAUGAUUGCAUUGAUAAUAUUUUGAAUGAUGAUAGCUUUGAAUUGACCUUUGAUUCUGCUGAUGAUGCAUAUGUUAGUAUUGAUUUUGAAAUAGAAACUGUGCAAUCUGAGAACUUUAUAGAGUUAGGACUAAACUUUUAUCUAANACAGUUUUCUGAAAAUUUCAAAUGUGAUUGUGAUUCUGGUUCUUGCUCCAUUUGUANUNNGAUNAAUUCUNUUAUACAGCCAGAACUCAGAGUCUUAACAGAUGCAAUUAACUGUGAACUUGAUUGUUGUGUAGAAUUAAAGGAAGCAAUGAAUGCAGGAAGGCUUGGAGAGGUCUUUGAACCAGUAACACACACCCAAAAGCUGCCAGUGGAAGGAGAGAUGUUGCUGCAGCAGCUGGUUGAGCAGGAAGAAGUCAAUGCAUUGAUGGAGAUUCUGAGCAGAGGAGCAGAGCUUGGAAAAACACCAAUAAGAUCAUUCUUUCCCUUACUCUUUAAUAGUAGUUAUAGGUAUUUGAUAGUAGUUAGCAUAAUAAUAGGUAGCAUAGUAAAUAGUAGGAUAGAAAAUAUGUUAUUUUUCAUAAAAAUUAAAAAGAUCAACUUUGACUUGUGGCCUAUUUGAACAAAUUUUCUUCUUAGUGUUGCUUAUAGUUUUAGUUUUCUUUUUCCAGCUUUGUUCUUGUAUAUAUUGUGUUCAGUUUUCCUGAUUCUGCUGUACAUAUUUCCUGUUAAAUUCUAGUUCUACCAUAUACAUUCUUUGUUUCAGUUCUGCUUUUAAUUCUUGUAUAUAUCCAUUGGUUAUCUGUCUUGUGCAUAUUUGUUUUGAUUUUGUGGUGUUUAGGAGCCUUACCCACUCAUACAUUGAGGGCAAUGUGCCUCUUAAGUGUGGGGGUGGGAAGGUAUAGAAUUAAAAUACUUGUUCUGAUGUAAAUAAGCUCUGUUCAUAUCUUUUUCUGAGUAAAUAAGGGGUAAUUUUUUUUUUCUAAGGUCUGAUUGUGUUUUUAAAUAUUUAGUUCAUAGAUAGUGUAAAUAUCCAUUCGUGUUUCAGGUUGUAAACUAUUGUUUUUAGCUUGUAAAUACCUAGUUUUUUAUGCUUUUAGAAUCUGUUUAGGAUUAGGCUUUAUUUUUAGAAUUUAUAGUUACUUGUAGGAUUUCUUUUCUUCUAUUCCUGUUUCUGUUUUAGUUUCUCUUAGUCCUGUUUGAAGCAUUA